UUUUUACAGAAUGCCUCGCUCAGACAAUCGUUGUCUCACCGGACAGUCAUUGAAGGCUGCCAUCAUCCGCUGCAAUAUAUACAAUAACGCUGGCUAAAUCUUGAUGUAAUUCGAAGGGUUUUGGUUUCGAACACGAAUUAUUGCUUAGCAGAUUGGCAUUUUAGAGAUUGCCUCGAGAAUUGAGCAAUCAUGGCGGGGUUAAUUAACAUCAACUCAAACACGGACGAUGCCUUCUACCGGUACAAGAUGCCCAAGCUCAUUGCGAAGGUCGAAGGCAAGGGUAACGGUAUUAAGACCGUCAUUGCCAAUAUGAGCGACAUUGGAAAGGCUCUUGGAAGACCUCCAUCCUACCCAACAAAGUGGUUCGGUUGUGAGCUCGGUUCACAGACUCAUAUGGAUGCGAAGCAUGAGAAGUACAUUGUCAAUGGAAAGUAUGAUGCGAAAGAGUUGCAGGACUUGCUUGAUAAGUUUAUCAAGAAGUAUGUACUCUGUCCGUCGUGCGAUAAUCCGGAAACUGAUGUGCGCGUGAGUAAAAAGGGUGAUCUGAAGGCUAAGUGUGUGGCUUGUGGAUGGAGCGGAGAAUUCGAUGGUAACCAUAAUUUGGCCAAUUAUAUUCGCAAAAAUCCCCCGGGCGCCGAAUACGCACAUUCAUUGAGACAUGGUGAUAAAGACGGCGAGAAGAAAAAAUUGAGAAAAGACGAAACUGACGCUGAGAAAGCUGAUCGUAGAGCUGCCAAGAAGGCUGCCAAGCAACUCGCUGCACAGAACGGAGUAUCACCCAGACCCGAUCGCAAGGACAAGGAAAGCAAAUCCGACAAGAAGGAGAAGAAGUCCAAGAGAAAAAAGAAGGAGAAAGACAGCGGUGACGAGCCCGAAGAAGUGCACGCUUCUGAGGACGAUGACGAAGACUGGACCGUCGAUACCUCUGCUGAGGCCGUACGUCAACGUCUGGAAGAUCUGCGUGUGGACAUGGGAGAGGGAGCCAAGAAUCUGACCUACACCGAGGCUGAUUUCUUUGAUAUGGGCGAGAAAGAGCGUUUGGAACUGUUCAAUACCUUUAUGAAGAACGGGGCACACACUGAUAAGGAACUGCUUGAGGAGGCCGAGCGCUUGGAUGUCAAGGUGAAGAGUCUUGCGGUCAUUGUAGAGGCGAAGUUCAGCGACGUGAAUAUCUUGGCGCAGAUUAAGAAGCAGAAGACUAUGCUGCAACGCUUCUGCUAUGAAGACCCGAAAGCACAGAUGUGCUUAUUGGGGUCAACUGAGCGACUAGUUGGCGUGACAUAUCCUUCACUGAUGAGCAAAGUGCCCCAUAUCAUCAAGACAUACUACGAUGAAGAUAUCGUCGAUGAGGAGGUUCUUAUCGCUUGGGGCAAGCAGAACUCCUCCAAGUACGUAUCAUCGCAAGACACCUUCAAGCAGAUCAUCAAGCUGGCCCAGCCUGUGCUGGACUGGUUGGCAACGGCCGAAUCAGACAGUGACGACGAUGGAUCCGGCGACGAUGACGAGGAUGAUGACAGUGUGACUAUCGAGCAGUCCAAAUCACCAGCCCCUACGCCUAAGGUUGCCUAUGGAAUGCAACGAGGAAUGCCGGGCAACACGGCCCAGGCAACGAAGGAUGACGACGAAGAUGACGAUGAUCUCGAUAUUGAUGAUAUCUAAAUCUUGUCUUUUCGAAAGCGCUGUAAAUAGCUCGCAUGCGUGCGUGCGUUGGAGUCGAUAUUUAAGGCGAGUGUGAUAUGCAUUUUUGCUUCAAUCAUCGGGAUCCGGGCACCAGCGUAGCGGGUUUGGUAUAUAAUAGCAUAUACCUGUAUAUGUAGGUUGACAAGCGAGGCAGUUGAUUGUUUAUCACGUGUAUAAGUUUCGGCAACCUGAAUGCCUUAUGACUAAUAAAGGCAAACUUCUUUUCCCUUGUUGCGGUUGGGUCUUUUCUGAUCUCG